CACUAUUCCCUUUCCAGUUCUUCUGUAGCCUAUCAGAAGCAUGCUGCGCAAAUCGGAUGGUAUAUAAUGACGCGUCGUAGUGCCAGAAAGCACGCAUUUUGCAUCCUACAUUGAGAGAGAAAGUUUCGCUGUCAGUUUUUGUUUUGAUAUAAGUUAUGGCUCGUACCAAGCAGACCGCUCGCAAAUCGACUGGUGGAAAAGCUCCACGCAAGCAGUUGGCUACUAAAGCUGCACGUAAAAGUGCACCAGCUACUGGUGGUGUUAAGAAGCCUCAUCGUUAUAGACCUGGAACAGUUGCUCUUCGUGAAAUCCGACGUUACCAGAAAAGUACCGAGCUUUUAAUCCGUAAAUUACCAUUCCAACGACUCGUACGUGAAAUCGCUCAGGAUUUCAAGACUGAUCUGAGAUUCCAAAGUUCUGCUGUAAUGGCUUUACAAGAAGCUAGCGAAGCUUAUCUUGUGGGAUUAUUCGAAGAUACCAAUUUGUGCGCAAUUCAUGCAAAACGCGUCACCAUCAUGCCUAAAGACAUUCAGCUGGCUCGACGAAUUCGUGGAGAAAGAGCUUAAGCAUUAGCUUUUAUGAUACAAUCGGCCCUUUUCAGGGCCAAAAUUGGUCGUAAUGUAGUAAUUCGCGGUUUCAGCUAUAUCGAUAAUAGUUUUACUUUGAAUUUAGGAACAAAAUAUUUGUCAGACUUAUUCCAUCCAAUAUAAUACCUACGUUCAACAUUCUUAUCAAUUGCAGAUAACUUUAUAAUUCUCGAUAACAAUCGGUGCCAACUAAAUACAUACUAUCUCGGAAUGAUAUUUAUGACCGUUAAAAAUAUCUAAAGAACGUCGCAUGAGGUUUUUUCCGCUUAAAAUGAAACAGCUGCUCUCAGCACCUGGUUUUUAGAAUGGUACUUUCCUGAACAGUGCCUAUUGUAUUGUUCCCUCAAUUUUCAGCUACCUUAGAACAGGUUUAGCAGAUGUUGCAGUAAAUGAAA